UGAAUGCGUCUAUUUGGAAUUGGAAUUGGAAUUUUGAAAUAUUAACAACUUGAAGAAAGAGGGGUUUAGGGUUCGCCAACAGCAGCAAUGGAGGGAUUGCAGAAUUUCGUCAGCUCCGUCUCCAAGAACCCAAAAUCAGGAUCUCCUUCUUUCUUGCCGGACCUCCCAUACAACCUACGCGGCGGAGACGGAUUAGCUGCCUCUUCCUCCGCCUUAUAUUCUUCCGAUAGCGCUGGUGUUUUCUUCAACAGGCCUCCCAGGAGAUUUGUAUCGCUUUGGACCUGUUCGAAGCUCUGUGGAGUUUGCUUUGUUGCUGGGAUCAUCGUCGGCUACACUCUCAAACGACGUGCGCGGCGCUGGGCUUCCAAGCUUCUCAAACGAUUAAAAGACGAUUAGUGACAUUAUUAACUCCUUUUCAAUUCCUGUUAGAUUUCGUUUUAUGAAAAUGGUAAUAGUUUGCUUUUGCAAAGGGCAUUCGUCACCCCCCCUUUUCUUAUUUUUAUCCCCUGGAAUUAAAAUUCUAUUUUAUUGAUGUUGGAUUCAAGCAUUGGAUAUCUGGAGAAA